AUGUACCACAGCACCCAACGUGCCGGUGACUCUGUCCGAGCCAGGCCUGGUGUCAUGACUGUCCUCGGGGGAGGGCGCAGGGAGCAGGCCUGGCCAGGGUCUGUGCCAGGGGAAAGCGGCUCAGCGCCUGGCAUCCGCCGAGCGGUGGACAGGGGCGAGCGCUCCGGCCGAGCUCCCCCUGCGCACGACGCCCAGCCCACACCCUCGGUGCCUGGCUGCGGGGACUGCGUGAGAGAAAGGCAGCCCCGCCUCGCGGGCUGCAGCUCUGUAUUGGGGUGCCCUGGGGAGAGGCUCCAGCCCGCCCUAUCUGCUCACCGCCGCGAGAUGGUGGCGGCAGCUGCUGCGCCCGCGGGGAGGGAUCUGCCCGCCCGGAGAAGCCCUUUGGCUGGAGGGGGAGGGGCCGCUGCCUCUGGGGUCCCGCCAGGGGGUCUGGGGCGCCCCGCCGCCCCGCCCCCACCUGUGUCGCCCUCAGCCAGCAGAUCCUGCAGACCCCUGCCCCGCCCGGGCUCGGGGCAGGGGCCGCACCUUCCCCAGGAGGGCGCCAGAGAGGGGCUUGCCCAAGGUCACCAGCAGCGUGGUGGCAGAGCUGACCUGUCAGCUGUCGCCUACGAGGCAGCAGACAGGCCACUUCAGAGGGUGCCUGAGGGCCUGGGACCCGGGAGACACAGUGGCCCUGCCUGUGAUGGCCGCCAGGGCCCUGCUGCAAGGGACAUCACAUGGACAGGCAUGCGAGAUGCAGGGGUGGAGUCCAGGGGACCAAGACGAAGUCCAUCCUGGACCAAAGGACAGGAGACAGAAGAGUGCCAGGCAGCGGACGUGGGCCCUGCUGCCCGCAGCACUAAGCAGGCCGCUCCCAGGCCCUGGCGGGGCUGGGCCCUGGCCGUGCAGCCAGGCUCCGUGCUUUACCGCCGGUUGCUCCCUGGUUCUUUCACAGCCCGGAACGUGAAAACAAGGAGCAGGCGGUGGUCACGGCGGCCCCAGGCUGAGCCUCUGAGAAGCUGCUGCUUGGCCAGGCCUAGUCCUGGUGCUGGGCUUUGCAAGGUCAGGGGCGGUCUGUCCUCAACCCCACUGAUCUGCCUGCGAGGCUUAGACUCCUAGUGGCCAAAGUCCUGGUGGCUGGAUUGCUAAAACCCAAUGCUCCGCAUCCACACAGCUGUGGACCCCCGAAGCUUCA